GAUCCCUCCUCCCACUUCCCCCACUUCAGGUCUAUUCCUGCUUCCCUCUCUGCCUUUACUGCACCUGGCUCCUCGUCCCGGUCCUCUCCGCUUCCUAGCUCUCCAGUCCCUGGCUUCUAGCGCUCUGCACCACCGCCUUUCCUCUCCAGGUGCGCACCCGCAGCCCCGCGCUCUGCAGAGUGCGCUUGCGCUUUACAGCCGCGGGAGCCGGGCUGCCAGAGUUGGAGGAACUUUCUGUGCCGCGGUGGUCGUCGCGCGGGAUCCAGGCUCCGGGAAGGUUACCGCGGAUACCGCGUGGGGCUGGGCAGGUGGCUGCCCUCGCGCGCCGGGCCGCACUCCUGCCCAGGAUGGGCUGCUCCAGCAGCGCCCUCGGCAAGGCCGGCGACAGCAGCAGCAGACUCCGCAGCGAAGAAAGUGAGUCCGGCUUUGUCCAACCCAAACCACUUUCACGGGGAAGAGAAGCUACUAUUUAUGACAAGGAACAAAAGGAAAGCCUUCCUCCCUUAGAGAAGCUCAAGAUUUCAGCAAUGUCUGCAGCUAAUGGUGUUAAAUCCCUCCAUGAACAGGCCUUGGCAAAGGAUGCUAUAGACCAACCGGGAUCCGUGGAGAAGACUCAGCCUCUGGAGGGACUCAGGGAGUCUGGGCCACUUCAGCCAGGUGGCAAACAUGAUACUCUAGAAACAGGAGAAAAGAAAGAUGUGGAGAUGUUGACAGGGGCCCAGUCUUCAGAAGGAAAUGCUGAGACUGAACCUCUAAUGGGGGAAGCCCAGGGUCAGCCUUUGAAGACAGCGGGAGAAAGGUACUCUCCUGGAGCAGUGGGCGAUACUGAGAUUCCGCUAACUGCCAGAGAGAUGAAACCCCUAAGGAUAGCUGAAAAAAUGCCACUUCCAGAAGCAGGUAGAGAGCCACAGCCUCAGGAAGCAAUGGGAAAGCCCCCGCUCCUAGAAACUGUCCCCAGGGAGACUGAAGUUCCAGGAAUUUUGGAAGGAAGUCAGCUUGUUGAAACAACUAAAGAGCAUGAAGUUCAAGAAACACUGGGAAGGGAUGAGCAGUCCCAGCUUCUAAAGACAAUGCCCAGAGAGAAAGGAUUUCCGGAAAUACCAGAAGGAAGUCAGCUUGUGAAAACAGCUGUAAAGAAUGAUUUGAUUCAUAAAGCUCCUGAAGGUCCAGAAAACAUGGAGCAGAUUCAACCUGAAGGCGUAGUCGGAAGCAUGGAGCAUCCAGCAGGAGUGCCAGAAACAGGCACAGACGUGGAAAUGGUCAGGAAAAUCAACACAAACAAAGAGGACCACCACAUCGAAGGUGAGACAGGAGAAAAGGUUGAAACAGAGAAGGAGGAAGUAAGCAAAGGAGCUGAAACACAAGAAGAAGAAACGGGAGAAGCUGUGGACCUUUCAGCAGCCACAUAGAGACGUGUGGUGAGAGAAGGGUGGUGGACCCACGUUAUCAUAGAGCACAGCAAGAUGGAGUGAGGCUGUGGUUACAGAGCUUAGCUUUCAAGAUCUACAUGUUUUAUACAACGAGUGUGGUUAUCAUGUUCUUGAUUACAUUGCUCCAUAAAAUGACUUAGCUGUAAACUGUUUUCUUAGCUGCUUAGACUAUACUUUUAAAAAGACAAUAGCCAGAGCCAAGAACAACUAGGGUUUAUGAGGAGUUUGAAGGUGUUUUCUUCAUUGUGGGCAUGGGCCCAUUCAGUGUAGAAAAUGAGACCCAAAAAUGAAAGUGUAAACCUUUAGGUAUAGGUGGCUGGAGGAGGGAGUUAGUAAAUUUUAGGGAGCACAGGAUAACUAAAUCAUACAGUUAUAAUUACUAUGGAAUGAAAAUGAAUAGCAAAAUGGUGCAAGCUACACCUGGGAUGCCUUUCCUAGCACAGAAUUUAAAGCUAGUAGAAACCUUAGCAAGUAUGUCAUCGAAUUACCUUCUCCCCUGAAGUCUAUUACUGCGGAGCCUUAUUCAUCAUGUUAAAUACUUUAACAAAAUCCUUGUCAGAGGAAUUCACACUCUGGUGCUGCUGCAAGAUGAGACAUUUUCCCAACGGAAGGCUGCACAUUUUCCAUGUGCCAUUUGAAUCUGUUGAUUUUUCCCUCAAGUGAGGUGUUUCAAUUGCUGUUCCCCUUUUGGCAUUGAAGUUAUUUUAAAGUAAUCGACUUUUAAAUGUGUUUCAAAGGCAACAAAGAGCGAGAAUUAAAACUUAGGUUUGUCGCCCCCAUGGAGUUACUCCUUGGGCCCAAUCCUUUUUUGGAUUAUUGUGAUUUAGUAUUAGGCUAUACAGGUGGAAAGCAGCUAAGAAAUCAAGUUUUUAAAACCAGGUACAAUAGUUCAUUAACAUUAAACGAGGCACCAUAAUAGAAAGUCACUUUUGGAGAAUUUUUCCAAAGUUGCCAAGGGAUUUUGGUAAGUGCUUAUACGUGAAUAAUAAUAAUAGCAACCUUGCCCACCACUUUGUGUCUAUGUUUAUGAGUAUCAGGAUAGAGUUACAUUCUGGAAGCAUUUGGUUUCUUUAUCUUUGUAAAUACAUCUUUUUAAGAUUACUGCUCAGCUCCUGCAUUAAAAUGAUUACUAAGAUGACCUGUAAUUAAGAAUAUAGGGUAGAGUUGGAAGAAUUAUCAUUUUAAUCUUGAGUUUAAUACUAAUUUGCGUUUCUGACUUGAAAGAGUUGAGGUAGCCAACAAGCGGGGUUGCUCGAGUAGCUGGCAUCACUCCUGCUGCUGCUGGGAGCAGCCGCUGGACUGUGAUUUCAUUGAGAGCAAGGACCGUUGUGUGUAUCUGUGUGUUCAGGCAUGUAGCUCCUUUAACAGACCAGGAGAGAUGCUUGAUAAAUAUUUGUUGAAUCAAUGAAUGAAAAAUAAAUACCAAAGGUUCCCAUUUACAUUUACUUUGUUACCAAAGGAUGUAUUUAAAAUAUGCACUGACGUAACACUCACAUUUUCCCACCAAGGCUACUCAAGCUCAAUAACAAGCUAUAUAUUUGGUGUGGUUCCAAAAAGAACAAUGUUUUUAGGUCAGAAAGUGACAUAAAGCAGAACUGAUGUAGCAUCUUUGAAGCUACAUUUUAUAAUCCAAAGUUGUUUUUUUCUGACCAAAAGGUAUUUUUAUAGAGAUGUCUAGUAAGUAGAACAUGUCAGAGCUUAGUGUAAAAUGUGAAUGAUCACCUUAAAAGUGGAAUUAUACUUUUAUCAAGUACUGAAAGAGUAGGUAGGAUUCAUUUACUUAAGAGGCAUAAAGUUCAUUCUCCAUUGUGUGGAUUUCUUUUUUCAAUAUCUGACAUGUUAGAGACCUAUUCAGAACUCAUGCUUGAAAGAACUCUUUCUCAAGAACGUUGUCAUAUAGUUGUAAUGUAAAAGCUUUCAAAUUUUUUAUCAAUUCCAUUAUUUUGCAUUAGUGACUAAAAUCAUUCUCAGGAAGAACUUGGAAAUUUAUAUAAAUUUAUGGUACUUUCUACACUUUUACCUUUGGCCUUAAAUAUGGUUACUAACACCUUGUUUAAAAACUGUUCUUAUUCUUUCAGAUAAUAUUAAAUUUUUAUUCAAAACUUACAAGGAAAAUUAAAAUGUUCGUACUAUUUGAAUAUUCCAUAAUUGAAAUAUUCCAGCUAAAUAAUGUUAAUUAAUUUUAAAAACAAAAUUAAAAUAAUAAAUUUCUAUAGUAAAACUCAAAUAAUACAAAAAUGCAUAAAACAAGCAGUGAACUUCUUCCUCCUAUAUCCCACAGUUUUUCUACACAGAGAUAAUAAAAAGUUCCUUGUGUAUACUUCCACAAGAAGGUGAUGUCUAUGCCAGGCUAUAUGUAUACCCUAAAAUAGAAGUGUAUAUUUACAUAUCCACAUUUAAAGACACAGAUGACAAUUUACUAGCUCUUGUGUUGUGAGAAGUGCAUGUGAAAUCACUGAUCUGUCCUUUCCUGUGUUAGGUUGUUUUUCUCUUGCCCAAGACUGAUAAACUUAGCAUAGCAAAGUCAUUCUGAUGCUACCUCCCCAGUGUCUGAGAAGAGAUUAUCAAUUUUGCCACCAGAUUAAAAAUGUACAAGUUGGAAAGAAGGCUUGAGCUGUUUAUAAUGAUUUAAUACAAAAACUACCAUCAGGGCUGGAUUUUCUAAUUCUGGGUGCUAUAUAGCCACUUUGCAGUCCAGUUUGUAUUCUGUUAAGAUAAUUUCAGUAUUUUCUAUUUCUAACUAGAGGGAAAAGGUGAACAAAUGAUCUGCCAGCUAGCGUCCAGUAGAGACAGAAUGUGUGCAUUUACCAGCAGAGGGUGCAGCUGCAAACUGAACUUCCCAGCCCACACUCCAAAACCCUUGGCCAGAAGUGCUCUGCAUCUGGCCUCCUGGGGGACCCACAGGAAUGGAGCAUGUGGUCAGCCUGUGACCAUAUUGUUUUUCUCAUUUAGACUUUGCAGUAAGAACUCCUAGAAUAGCUAAUAGCCUUUGAGCAGUCAAAACACCCAUAUCACUUCUU